AGAGCCUAAGCAAGUGCUCUACCACCGAACCAUACUCCCUGCUUAGAAAUGAGUUUUUAAAGGACUCAGAGGACUAGGGUUAGGGAGUCGGGUUGGCUCUGAUCCUUGCUGUUAACUUCUGUGUCUUCCUCCUCAGGGACAAGAAUGGCGAGACUGCCUGUGGCCACUAGCUCUCCUCAGUGCUCCUGGGGCUGAGGCUGGGGCUGGCAACCAUGAGGUUGGCCUGGCCCCAGGUUUGGCUGUUGGGCCUGCCCACAGCUGUGGUCUAUGGCUCCCUGGCCCUCUUCACCUCCAUCCUGCACAACGUAUUCCUGCUCUACUAUGUGGACACUUUUGUCUCAGUGUACAAGAUCAACAAAACAGCCUUCUGGGUUGGAGAGACGGUGUUUCUCCUCUGGAACAGCCUCAAUGACCCCCUCUUCGGCUGGCUCAGUGACCGCCAGUUCCUCAGCUCCCAGCCCCGGUCGGGUGCUGGGCUCUCCUCAAGGGCCGUGGUGCUGGCACGGGUACGGGCACUGGGCUGGCAUGGGCCAUUGCUGGCACUGUCGUUCCUGGCAUUCUGGGUGCCCUGGGCCCCAGCUGGCCUGCAGUUCUUGCUGUGCCUGUGCCUCUAUGAUGGCUUCCUGACACUUGUGGACCUACACCAUCAUGCCUUGCUGGCUGACCUGGCCCUCUCAGCCCAUGAUCGCACUCACCUCAACUUCUACUGCUCCCUCUUUAGUGCGGCUGGCUCCCUCUCUGUCUUUGCCUCCUAUGCCUUUUGGAACAAGGAAGAUUUCUCCUCCUUCCGUGCCUUCUGUGUAGUGCUGGCUGCCGGCUCUGGGCUGGGCUUUCUGGGGGCCACGCAACUGCUGAGGCAGCGGGUUGAGGCUGCCAGAAGGGACCCAGGGUGCUCAUCCCUGGCCAUGGAUGGUGGCCUGUGUGGAGAGGAGCUGUUAGUGGGCAGUGAGGAAACAGGCAACAUCACCUUGGGUCAGUACCUCCGGCAGCUGGCACGCCACCAAAACUUCCUGUGGUUCGUGGGUAUGGACCUGGUGCAGGUGUUUCACUGCCACUUCAACAGCAACUUCUUUCCCCUCUUUCUGGAGCAUCUGUUGUUGGACCAGAUCUCCCUCUCCACCGGCUCCUUCCUGUUGGGCAUCUCCUAUGUCGCUCCCCAUCUCAACAACCUUUACUUCUUGCCCCUGUGCCGACGAUGGGGUGUCUAUGCUGUGGUGCAGGGGCUCUUCCUGCUCAAGCUGGGCCUUAGCCUGCUCAUGCUGUUGGCUGGCCCAGACCACCCUGGCCUCCUGUGCUUCUUCAUUGCCAGCAACCGUGUCUUCACUGAGGGCACCUGUAAGCUGCUGACCCUAGUGGUCACUGACCUAGUGGAUGAAGACCUGGUGCUGAACCAUCGCAAACAGGCAGCCUCGGCGCUUCUCUUUGGCAUGGUUGCUUUGGUGACCAAACCAGGCCAAACCUUUGCCCCACUGCUGGGCACCUGGCUGCUCUGCUUCUAUACAGGUCAUGACAUUUUCCAGCAGCCCCCAAUGACCCCUAUGGGAAGUAUCCAGCCCUGGCCAGAGCCGCCGGCUCCGGCCCCGGCACAGGCCCCGACACUCCGCCAGGGCUGCUUCUACCUGCUGGUGCUGGUGCCUAUCACCUGCGCACUGCUGCAGCUCUUCACCUGGUCCCAGUUCACACUGCACGGGAGACGCCUGCACACGAUCAAGGCCCAGCGCCAGAACCUAGCGCAGGCCCAUACCCCAGACAUUAAGACCGUGUGAAAGGUGUGGCAAGGCCACUCCACUGAGGUCACUGCCCCAGCUGCAGGCAGGAGCCACUUUGCCGGCCAGUGACCGCCUUUGCCUUCCUUGGGUGCAGCCUGGAGGACAUGGUGGGUGGGAGCUCCUGGGGUUGAGCCAGAGGAGUGUCCCUGAGGUCUGUCCCUCUUUAGGUGUCUGGCUCAGCUUGGGCAAGCGCUGGGCUGUAUGUGCUCAGGGACCUGCCUCACCUACAGGACAGGGAGGGAAAAAAAGGCCGGUUUGGAUGGGACUGCGCAUGGUGUCACAUACACUGUGCUGUGGGACCUGGAGACCUGGAGACCUGGCCCGCUUCCUGGCUGGGACAGGCUACUCUGGUGGGUUCAUGAACCACUUUUGAUACUGUGACUACUCCUCUUUUGUCUAGUCAGGGGAAGCUGAGUUUAAGUGCCACCCACCCCUCCUUCUAUCCUUCUAGUGAUUUUCAGAACUCUGAAGAGGCUCAUUUCAUUACAGAUUGAUUAAAGCCACUCAUUCCUAUUCCUCAGGUCUGUGCUGUGUGUAUGUGUAUGAGAUGCAUGGGGGUGUGUGUGGGGUAAAGACAGAGGUGGGUGAGUUAGGACUGAGAGCAUUUUCUGGAGUGGUGGCCACCUGUAUCAAACUGUUGUGGUACCAAGACUGGCUGUGUGGGCACCGGGGCCAGCUGACCAGUGCAUUUCCCACACACCACUGCUGGAUACAGCUGUCAGAGGAGCCUUUGCUAGGCCACAGACUCUUAGCCUAAGAAUCACCUGAGUUUUAUUCCACAAGAACAAAACCACUUGGUGGUUCUGGGCUGUGCCCUCAGUAUGAAAACUUUUGUAGGUGGUUUUAUCUUGCAACUGAGAUUGAAAGCCACUGCUGUAGGCCAGCGUGUCUCAUCUGAGCCUUGGUACAAGACAGUGGGGGCUGGACAGUUCUGUUGUGGGUGUUUAGUGGCAUCCUUGGCCUUUAUCUAGUAGAUGAUAGUAGCAUCCCUACCUCCAGUCGUGAUAACCGAAUUUGUCCAGACACUGCUGGGUAUGCAAACUGACUCCAGUUGGGACCUGCUGCUUUGGCCAAUGGUUCUAAGGAUUUGCACAGCAGAUCACAAACUAGGUUCUAAGGCUAUACUGCCUGUGAUCCUAGCUGCUUGGGAAGCUGAGAUCAAAUCAUGGUUUGAGGUCAGCUCAGGCAAAUAGUUUAAGAGACCCC